AUGUCUGACCCACGAGCCAAGGGUGGAAAGGGUGGCGCUGCCAACGCCAAAGCCGAGCCCAAGAAGUCGGUCACCCAGUCUUCCCGCGCUGGUCUUCAGUUCCCUGUCGGUCGUAUCCACCGUCACCUGAAGAACCGCACGCAGAACCACAUCCGCAUCGGUGCCAAGGCCGCCGUCUACACAUCCGCCAUCCUCGAGUACCUCACCGCCGAGGUGCUCGAGCUGGCAGGCAACGCAUCCAAGGACCUGCGCGUCAAGCGAAUCACCCCCCGACACUUGCAGCUGGCCAUCCGCGGUGACGAGGAGCUCGACAGCUUGGUUCGCGCCACCAUCGCCGGUGGUGGUGUGCUGCCACACAUCCACAAGACGCUCAUCAAGGCGCCGAGCAAGAAGAAGGCCUCCGAGUAG